CCCAGCACCGCGGCUCUCGGGCGGCCUCCGCGGGGGGCGUUUGCCCGCGGGCGCGGAGCCGCCGCGGCGGGGGCGGCCGGCGCCCCGGCUCGCAGCCUCCCGCUCUCCUAUGAGCAGCGCGGCGGCGGAGCGGCGGCGGCGGCGGGGGACGCCAGGAGGAGCACCGCUUCCCCGGGGUUUAUGAAUGGCCCUGACAUGGAGGAAAUACCGUUCCAGAAAGUCAAGACCAAGAGGAAGAAGUGCUGCCACUGCUGCUGCUCCCCGCCGGCCGCCGCGGCGGCGGGAGCGGGCGCCGGGCUGGGGGACCCCCCUCCCUUGCUGCUGCUGGAUGCCAUCGCCUGCGAGGACGAGUUUGACUGCAAGGAGCUGGAGGCUCUCUUCCAGAGCUACAACCUGAAGCUGGAGCAGACGUCCACCCUCAAGGCGCUGGCCGUCCUCAUCGUGCUCACCGCCAGCCUGGCCCUGGUGGAGCUGCUCUCCGGCCCCAGCCUGACCAUCUCCAAAGGCUCGCACCCGGUGCACUGCAUCAUCUUCCUCUCCCUCUUCAUCGUCACCAAUGUCAAGUACCUGCAGGUCACGCAGCUGCAGCAGAUCGUCAAGCUCACCUUGCUCUUCAGCUUCACCUUCUCCUUCCUCUGCUGCCCCUUCUCGCUCGGCGCCUAUGGCAUGGAGCCCCCCAGCGCCCCCGAGCAGGGCAUGUGGCAGCUCAUGCUGGUCACCUUCGUCUCCUACUCGCUGCUGCCCGUCCGGACCCUGCUGGCCAUCGUCUUCGGGCUGGUGGUGUCCGUCUCCCACCUCAUCGUCACCGCCACCUCCGUCAGUGCCAAGCGGCAGCGGCUCUGGAGGACGCUUGUGGCCAAUGCAAUCCUUUUUGUCAGUGUAAAUUUGUAUGGGGUCUUUGUGAGGAUUUUGACAGAAAGGGCUCAGAGGAAGGCGUUCCUUCAGGCCAGGAACUGCAUAGAGGACAGGCUGAGGCUGGAAGAUGAAAACGAAAAACAGGAACGUCUCUUGAUGAGUCUUUUGCCCAGGAAUGUUGCAAUGGAAAUGAAGGAAGAUUUCCUGAAGCCUCCUGAAAGGAUUUUCCACAAGAUUUACAUUCAAAGACAUGACAAUGUCAGCAUUUUGUUUGCAGACAUUGUGGGGUUCACUAGUCUGGCAUCACAGUGCACUGCCCAAGAACUGGUGAAGCUGCUGAAUGAACUCUUUGGCAAGUUUGAUGAAUUAGCCACAGAAAACCACUGCAGAAGGAUAAAAAUCCUAGGGGACUGUUAUUACUGUGUAUCAGGAUUGACCCAACCCAAAACAGAUCAUGCCCAUUGCUGUGUUGAAAUGGGACUGGAUAUGAUUGACACCAUCACAUCUGUUGCAGAAGCCACAGAGGUUGAUCUCAACAUGAGGGUUGGAUUACAUACAGGCAGGGUGCUCUGUGGGGUCCUGGGUCUACGGAAAUGGCAAUACGACGUCUGGUCAAAUGAUGUGACUUUAGCCAAUGUAAUGGAAGCUGGAGGACUGCCUGGGAAAGUUCACAUAACAAAGACCACCUUAGAGUGCCUAAAUGGGGAUUAUGAGGUCGAACCAGGAUAUGGCCAUGAAAGGAAUAGUUUCUUGAAGAAGCAUAAUAUUGAAACAUUUUUUAUUGUGCCAUCCCAUCGGAGGAAGAUAUUUCCUGGACUGAUUCUCUCAGACAUAAAGCCUGCCAAAAGAAUGAAGUUCAAGACAGUCUGCUACCUGCUCGUUCAGCUCAUGCACUGUCGUAAAAUGUUCAAAGCGGAGAUCCCUUUCUCCAAUGUCAUGACAUGUGAGGAUGAUGAUAAGAGGAGAGCAUUGAGGACAGCCUCUGAAAAACUCAGGAAUCGUUCCUCUUUUUCUACAAAUGUUGUAUACAACACUCCAGGAACUCGAGUAAACAGAUACAUCAGUCGUUUGAUAGAGGCCCGGCAAACUGAAUCUGAGAUGGCUGACUUGAAUUUCAUUACCCUGAAGUAUAAACAAAUUGAACGUGAAAAUAAAUAUCACCAGCUUCAGGAUGAGUAUUUCACCAGUGCUGUAGUUCUCUCACUAAUUCUAGCUGCCUUAUUUGGCCUUGUCUACCUUCUAAUAAUACCACAGAGUACCAUAGUUCUUGUUCUCCUGGUGUUCUGCAUAUGCUUCCUAGUGGCUUGUAUUAUGUACCUACAUGUCACACGAGUACAAUGUUUUCCAGGGUGCCUGACAAUACAAAUUCGUACCAUUUUGUGUAUUUUCAUUGUGAUCUUAAUAUACUCUGUGGCUCAAGGAUGUGUGGUUGGCUGCAUGCCUUGGGUGUGGAACACCAAUUCCAGCAGUUCCAUAGUUAUCAUUUCUGCUGGCGGAACAAACAAAACGAUGAAUGAACUUCCAUGCGACACAGCCCACUAUGCUUUCCUUUCCUGCGUAGUGGGGACUCUCACCUUGGCAAUAUUUCUACGCGUAUCUUCCUUGCCAAAAAUGAUCCUCCUGCUUUUUGUUACAAUUUUGUACAUAGUUAUUCUGGAACUCAGUGGUUACAGAAAAGCAGUGGGGGGUGGCUCCUUUUAUAUGCGUGGCUAUGAACCAAUACUAGCCAUUUUGCUAUUUUCUUGUGCUUUGGCACUGCAUUCCAGACAGGUGGACUUGAAGCUGCGUCUGGACUACCUCUGGGCUGUGCAGGCAAAAGAAGAGAGAGAUGAUAUGGAGAGAGUCAAGCUGGACAAUAAAAGAAUUCUCUUCAACCUGUUGCCAGCACAUGUUGCACAGCACUUUCUUAUGUCUAAUCCAAGGAAUAUGGACCUUUAUUACCAGUCAUAUUCACAAGUGGGAGUGAUGUUUGCUUCCAUCCCAAAUUUCAAUGAUUUCUACAUCGAACUGGAUGGCAAUAAUAUGGGAGUGGAGUGUUUACGCCUGUUAAAUGAGAUUAUUGCUGAUUUUGACGAGCUUAUGGACAAAGAAUAUUAUAAGGACAUAGAAAAGAUCAAGACAAUUGGAAGUACGUAUAUGGCAGCUGUGGGACUUGUACCUACUUCGGGAACCAAGGCUAAAAAAUCAAUUUAUUCCCAUCUGAGUACACUGGCAGAUUUUGCAAUAGAGAUGUUUGACGUUCUUGAUGAAAUCAACUAUCAGUCUUACAACGACUUCGUCCUACGAGUUGGUAUUAAUGUUGGGCCUGUAGUGGCUGGAGUCAUUGGAGCCAGAAGACCGCAAUAUGAUAUUUGGGGGAACACUGUAAACGUUGCCAGCCGAAUGGAUAGUACCGGAGUGCAGGGGAAAAUUCAGGUGACAGAAGAAGUUCAGCGGAUAUUAAAGAGGUGCAGUUAUGAAUUUGUGUGCCGGGGUAAAGUCAGUGUAAAGGGAAAAGGUGAAAUGUUGACCUAUUUCCUGGAAGGAAAGGCCAAUGGAAAUAAUUCACAAACACGGUCUUUAAACUUAGAGCGGAAAAUGUACCCUUACGGGAGAGCAAACAUUCAAACAAAACUGGGCACCAGCUGUCCAUCGGUGUCCUCGGUUGCUGGCUUUACUGCAAAAGCUGGGCUUGGAGCAGCUCAAGCGUCUGCUACUCACACAAAUCAAACACUACAUUAUCUUCCUUCUGUGCCAGCUGUGAAGGAGGCAUAGAGCAAAGGAGGUUUGGUUGUGCCAUUUGCAGUGAACUUGGAGAGCAGUGGUCGCCUGAAUUUUUACCAAGAGGUCAAAGGUCAUAGGCCAUGGCAUUAACCAAGGACCACUACAACCCAACCAAAGAGAACUGGGGGACCGUGUAAUGAACUCUUGGGAUGGAACAUAAAAGGGCUAGCAAUUCUGUUAGGAAAAGUCAAUCAAAACCUGAUUUUCUGGAAAUAAGGAAUAUUUUCUUGGCAUUUUUAAAGGGUAUAUGAAAAAAAUUGAGACAAACGUGCAAGCAAUUCUUUAUGUGUGUGUGUAUAUAUAUGUUUUAAUCUAUAUAUGCACAUAUACAAACACUCCUAUGUAGACUUAAUAGAGAUUUAUAUAUAUAAAUAUAAAAAAUGUAUUUAUUUACACAUCCACCUGCAAUGACAUAGCAAAGAGAUUUCUCUUCCUGUCAUAGCCAGCACUGCUGGGUCUGAGAUUAGCAAAGCUGCAUUUAACUGGGGAGUGUAGGGCAGCUGGAAGCUCGCCGGGGCUAUAGCAAGAAUUAGAGAAACUAUGCUCCCAGUGCUUGAAUUCAAGCAAUGAAAACUUAUCAGUGACAGAUUAAUGAGGGUUGGAUUCAGCUAACUGAUAAAACCAAUGUAUUCUUUAAAAUUCUACUUGCAUGCUCCAAAAACUUUGAAAAAUUUCCAAUUCAAAUCAUAACACGAGGAUAUGAAGAAGAUAAAUGACAGGGCUUAAAAUUUUGUGAGGAUAGCAAUAGCUAUUCUUGCAGUAAAAAAAGAAAAAAAAAGUUGGUAAAGUUUUAAAAGUUGCUACUUCUUCGCAGAUCAUUUGAUUCUGUGUGAGACAGAAGUGCCAGCCUGCCAGCAGAGCAAUAUGCUUACACAAUAUAGAAACAUUCCUUCCCCCUUUAUGUUCAAUGACAAUUUUUUUGAAGAGCAGAAGGAUGGCAUUAUUUCAGACUUUUAUAAACAGCAUAGGUCCUGGGGCUCAGUUCCAGCUGUACCUUCUUAAAUAGCUCAAAGAGGAGUCCUAUACUGGUGACAAACAUGCUGUUGUUAGGCCUGUGGUAUUUGUAUGUUUGCCAACAUACUCCUUCUUCUUAAUUGAUUUUUAAAUUGAUGCCACAGUUUUAUUACAUCUUGAUUCUACCCAGGCUCACUCUUCAAAGCUGUACAAUCAUAGAAAGUUAUAAUUCUGAGAAACAAGCACAGUCAAACUUUGCCCAAAUGAGGAGCACAUUGGUAAACUUGCCAGGAGAGUGAGGGCUGCUCUUACUCUGCAUAAAAGGGAAUAUAUUUUGACUGCUUUUCCUUUAAUGCAGCCCAUAUCCUAUCGUGCAGAGUUUCAUCUUGAAACACUGAUCUGGAUGUGAAACGUGGAGUGCAGCUUUGUAGCUGAGGUGAGAGCAGUCCCAGGUCAUCCUGCCAAGGAUGGCUGGCAGUGUGGUCCGUGGACUGCUGCCAUAAGGUCCCUGUGGGGACACGCGAGCUACCCAGCCUUGCUGCUUUCCAAAAGAGAAGCAAAACUUUACUUUGUCUAAAAAAAGGCAAAACUUCCAUUUAGCUUUAAAAAAAAAAGAUUGCUGAAGUUGUCCGCAAUAUGCAGUUGACAACUAGCAUGUCCUAGAUGUCACCUUCCCAUUCAGCGGGCCUAUUUUGUUAACUGAUUUUAGUGGAAAGAGGGUUCUGGGUGUGAUUCUCCUGCUAUCAGUUUGCUUUUUUUUUUAAAUGGAGCAGUCACUUUUUCCGUUUUAAAACUAUAUGGACAAAUAUGUCAACAGAUGCAAAGCAUUAAAGAAAAGCUGCAGUUUUCAGUUCCCAUAUAGCCAUGUCAGGCUGCUAUGGGAUUCUGCAGGUUUUCAGCAGGGUUUUAAACUGACAGUCAGCUAGGUGCUUCAUUACAAAACCAGCAAAAUUAGUCUCGUGAUUAGAGCGAGUUGAGGAAACUGAGGAUUGAUUCCUAGCUGUACUAGGUGUAUGCACCCUGGCUGCCCUGCAGAAAGUCACUGAAUUUCUUUAUCUCCCUAGCAGCUAUCCAAUUCACAAGCAUUCUUCUAGAAUAAUUUAAUUCUGUUUUGGAGGCAUUCAAAGCCAUUUAAAUAAAUACAUUUAUAGAACAUACAUUUAAAAGAAUGAAUAUUUGUGUAAUUAGACUAAAUAAAUGGUAUCCACAUAAUGUGCACUGCAUAUUUUAUGUUUCUAAUAGGCUUGUAAGAGCUAAACCAUCCCACAGUAAGUUAAAUAUUUAACCAAAAUGGAAAGUAUUAUGUGCAAUAGCAUUAAUCACCUAACUCCACUCACAGAGAGCCCAAGUUAUACAAUCUGCAAAUCAGUGGACUUCACUGAUGUUAAUUACACCUUAUUUUUACAUGUACUGUUAUCACAAAACAUCUUUGGAUCCUAGGUGUAGGUCAAGUAGUACAUGAUCACACAGGCAAAAUAUAGCCAUUGACUCCCUGCGAAAAGCUUACAAUAGGAGGGUUUUUUUGUUACUUUUUGAACGGGUCCAAAACAGCGGUAUAUUGCUAUUGUUUCAUGUAUCACUAAACUGACAGUGAUUUUUUUCCCUUUGCUAAUAUUUUCGGACUGUUCUGCAAAGCCAAUUAAUGAUACGAUGGCAUGUGGCAGAUGCCUCAAAAACUGCAAUAUGGAUGUGUCAGACCUACUACUUUCAGCUGUUGCUAAUGCAACAGUAGUUUUACUGGAAGAAUUCUUGUGCAUUUUGUCCAGGUCUUGAUAAACUCCUUCCCAUCGCAGGAACACGAAAGCUGGAGGCUCAUUCCCAGCCUAGUCCUGGAGUAAGGUUAGUGCGGGAAAUCAUGAAACAAGGUAAAAGUGGAUCAUCCAUUUUAAUUUUUUAAAAGAUUAGCAGGUGCUAGUGGAAUCACUCAGAAAUUUUUCUAGGCCUGAUCCUUCUCUCCAAUGGUCAAAUAAGACAUGUCUUCUGUAAGGACAUCUUUCAUGUUGAAUGGAAAGGAUCAGACAGAGGCACUCUAGCACCAGCUCCUCAUGGGGUCCUUUUGCAGGAGUUUAUUGCCUCUGGGGUAGUGUGUGUGGACCAGGACAGGUUCUGGAGCCGCUGUCACUCUAGAUGUCACUGAUGGCUCCAGAUGGACUAGCUGGCACCACCAGCGAUGGUGGAUUUGGAGUCAGGCUCCAGAUUUUGUUUGCUUGAGCCCUACCCUUAGCAUUUUAGGAUUGUUGUCGAUGUUGUUGUUGAUGUUUUGACCAUGGGGAAAACUAUGUUUUUCCUAUUUCUUUGUAGCCCAGGAUUGAGCAGUGCAGAACCAUGAAAAAGUUCAGCCAAGAUGCAAAUGAAUAAAAAGCCAUGUGAAACUGAUAGGAAGUGCUUAGCAGCUGUUCCAGCAGGGAAGACUAAACACCCACUGAAAUCUUGAUAUAAUAAAGCUGUGCUCUUGCCUUUAUGAUUUCCCUCCCUAUUCAUAUCAUUUUUUCUUCAUUUCAUUUUUUGUGUACAUUUUUUUUUUCAACCCUUGUAUGAUAGCUUUAAAUGACAGAUUUAAUCUCCCUUCUCUUUUACAUUCUUUGAUAUCUUUGGCAAGUUUUAUUUAAGGAAAGGAAAGAGAUAGUAAUAAUAAUUCUGCUAACCCCACAAAUGCACAUUAUCUGCCAAAUUUGAGACGCUGGUCCUAACAUCUCUAUUGGUAAUUGGUUGAAGAUAAUAUGUGGCCCGCUCCAAUACCUGUGAAAACAAGCUGAAAGAUUUCCUUGGAGUUUUGUGGGAUUUGGUUCUGGCCCACCUUAACGCAUGCAGUAGUGUUUCCUAUAUUGAUUUGCUGGUCAAGCUUUGUAACUUUUGAAUGGGUGAUCUUGCUGUAGCCCCAGCAAGGGGUCGCUUCUGCCCCACAAAGCCCCAAAGGCCCUCACUUCUAACUGAGGGUAGUUACAUGGGUGUAUUGUGGGCAGAACAGCCUCCUGCAUUUCUAUUUAAUCUUUUGUGCAGCUGCUAGCUUGAAACAGUUAACAGAUACGAGCCCUACAACAAAGUGGUGCCAUUACGGCAUGUUAAUGUCUGUCAGUAGCAAGCACAAUAUUUUACGCCAGUUUGCACGUUUUCUCUUUAAGAUAAUAGUAAUAAAUGAAGUCUUUCGUUCUUUAUAUAAGCAGAUAAGUAUCAGAGAUCUUCAAACUUACUUCACUGUCUUGGGAGCUAAUUUCAAAAUGUUCCUAUGCUACCUUUAUCUUUAAAUGAUUUUUUAAUUGCUAUUCUACUGCUGAGAUUACAAACUGGCAUUCAGUUGAAUUACUGGCUAGAUAUUUCCAAACAUUUUGCAUUCGCAUUGACUAGAAAGCUAUUUUGUCCAGCCUGUACAAUGCUUUUCUGUAGCGGCUUCCCGCUGUGACAAUUCGCAUUCCAUGGUCUUCGCCGAAACGCACGCAAAUUUGCCCUUACUUCUUUCUCUAGGUGAGACUGAGAGCCAAAAGUUUCAGCUCUCUAGGGCUGAACCUCUGUUCCUUAUGGACCCACAAGGCCUACAGAUAUCACCCAGAGCUUAGCACGGUGAGGAAAGUCAGGAUUUGAACUUCUGUAGGCAAAAUUCUGCUUUGGGUUACAGUGAUGCCUCUCCAUGAUACCGGUCCGAGGUCACCAUUUUAUGACACUGUAACCCAGAAUAGAUUAUGAGCCUGAGUCUCUUUCACGCUUUUGCCUAUAAUGUAGCUGUAAGGCAAAAGAAAGUACUUGAGAGUCACUGUAAGAAAGCAGUAUAUGACCUGUGCCAUUUCAGCACUUUGAGGAGUUUGAACACAUUAGUAAGUAGUGUGAAUCAUUUUCAUUCGUGGAUUACCAGCUUGUAGCAGAAGCAAAGCAUUUUCUCUACAUCAGCAAGUCCAGAUUCUGUAUGUGUUCUGCCCAGACAGGAGGACUAUUUAGCCAUACUGUUCUUUCAAGUUAGAGUUUUGUAUUACAGUGAAAACCGACAUUUUUUAAUUUGUGAUAAACCUGUAUUAUAAUGCCUUAUUUAUUUUUAAUCUUGUACAGUGUUACAAAACAACAAACAACAUUGGCCUUUCAUGUAUUAUUCACUUUAAAAGAUGUAUUGUAUGAAAUUUUGUAAAUAGUUUUAGCUCUGACAAUUGCAUGUACACUUGUAUAAAAAGAUGCAAAAAGGCACACUUUUAACAAAUAUUAAUGAUUUUUGUAACAGACAUUUUACAUGUGCAUGGAGAUUAUAAAUCCUUUGGAAACGGACGUCCCUUUGCUUUUCCUUGCAACCUACUGCAUGCCACUCAUGCCUGACUUCAGUAAAACAAAACAAAACAGUAAGUUUUCCUAAAUGUUUUUGACAUAUCACUUCUGGCACAGAGUUAAAUUCACUAGUUGCAUGUGCGUUCAGCAAAGCAAAAUCGAAAUGCAAACAGCAAAAUAAUAAGAAAAAUAAUUUAAUGAUCAUGAUCUGCCAACCUCAGUGUUCCAAGGUCCAUAACACAGUAUAUGAAAUGUGUUAUCAACAUCUACGCUAUCUUUAUAAGGUACCUUUUGGUCGUUAGAAGCAAUAAACUCUAUUUACUGUAAUAUAAAAAGCAAGCAGAUAUUCUAGUUCAUAAUGGUGUAAUAUCUGACAUUCGAUGGGUACUCUCUGAUACUGCAUUUGAUGUAGUAUAGUCAUCAAGGAGAAGGACCAGAUGUCAAAUCCAUCAUUGCUGUAUGCAGGUGCAACGCUAUUGAAGGUAAAGGAGGUGAAUUUGGCCCAUUGAGGUUACCCAGAGUAUAUUUUUAAUGUGGUAAUAAGUUAUUGUAUCUGAAAAGUACACAAUGCAAAUAGAUUCUUUUCCUAGAUAUAUAGCUAUAUAUGAUAUAUAUAUAUAUAUAUAUACACACACACAGCUAAAAUCAUUUUAAUGCCUUAUUUUUGUUAGCUUCUUGACUCAUUUUCCAAAUAAAUUGUAUUUCUAAAUGGAUAGUAUUGAAAAGAACUUCUAGGAGAAAUUCACUGGGUUCUCUGGCUUUGAGUUCCUUAGAUAACAUAGUGGAGCCCAGAGCUGGAGCCUAACAUCAGUUAGUGACAUGGGAAUAACAGAUCACUAUCCAGUCUCCUAGCUGAUUCUUCCCAUAUUGCUGCUAAGCAAAACUUUAAAUUUUGAAGAUAUUUUGUAUGCAUCAUUUUUAAAGUUAUCUUAUCUAUGUCACUACAGCUAGGGACUACCUGAUGAAUUAUAUAAAUAAUUGCUGUAUGAUAAUUCAGGAGUAUUGUAGAAGCAUAACGCAGAGGUUGGUUGCAGAGGGAGAAGGGUGUGGACUGGGAGUACUGUCUGCUAUGGAUUAACAAGAGCUUCUUACAUUUUACAGAUUUUAGUGUUACAAUAGGACUUACAAAUCCUUUAAUUUGUUUAGUUAAAUUAAUCACAUGACUCUGUGGUUAAGUAAGCAGUACAGUUUCUGCAAGUAGCCUUGUCAUCAUACAUUAAGAUGUAGAUUUACACAUUUUGUCUCAGUUGGCUGCAUACGAGAACCAUUCCCUUGUGUUGAUGAUUGGCUUCAUAGAGCAGUUCAGGGUUACUAACAGUCAUAAAUUAAUUCAUCUCAAAUUCAGUGGGUUUUGAAUUUCAGUGUGGCAUAAGUGUUGUGACUAACGAUAAUCUGGACUCUGCUUCUCUACCCCUAACACUGUUAACGAUUGCCUUUUUCCAGAAUUUUGUACUGGCUUUUUUAGUUCUUCAUUCCUUUUAAGCCCAUUUAUCCCUGAGCUUUCACACCACUCACUCCUGACCAAAUCUAAAUAAUGAAUAAAUAUAUAAAUCUAAAUAAAUAAGUGAAAGUACACAAGGGGGGGGGGAGGGUGUCUGCCUUGUGCUCUUUGAUUUCACUUAAACUGUCACACUGUGUGGGAUGAUGGUGUCACUUAAAGGGCAUCUGAUCCAAACGAGGGCAAAAACAGGAAAAGAAAAAAAGCACAAAGCUAGCAGGGCAACAAAAUAACGAAAAGAAGAUGACAAGAAAGCAAUUGCUGAAAGGAAGAGGUGAAAAACCAGUACUCCUGAAGUCAAUGGCAAAGCUCCCAGUGGCACAGGGCAGGUCUUGAGCAUCCAAGUUGGCAAAGUACUUGACCAGAUUCUUAACACAGCAAAGUUUAAACUCAUGUUUAAGUGCAUGGCCACCUCCAUUUCUGAGUUUUCAUGUCUGUUUACAUUCACAAUAGCAUUCAAGAUCUCUCAGUGAACUGCUUUGAGAAUUUCAGCAAAAUCAUUAGAAAUGCUUGGGGACUCUUAUCUCUGAUGCCUGUUUUCUAAUCACAAGGAAGCAUCUUGAAAUCUGAUUUAGCAUUAGUUAAUAUAUGUAGCCAAUGUGCUGAAGGGACUUGGCUUUGCUUGUGCCUUACUGCAUGCUGGAGGAUCUGCUUCUUUAUCUUGGCCAUCCCAGUUUUAUGCCUUCUGUGGCAUUAGACAUGUCACACUAGCACAAAACUGAAGGAACAAACAGUGCUGCAUCACUGUGAAACCUUUUACCGCUUCCUUUCCCGCUUUGGUUUACUACCAGCACAGCUGUGUGGGUGCAAGAGGUGAUCCAAGUGUUGAUGGAGGGAGGCCAUGCACAGGUAUAUGUGGGUCCAAGCUAAAUAAGAAGAGAUUUUCUAAAAAGCUCAGUGUACAUAGUGAGCUGAGUUUUGCAGAAAAUCUGGCCAGAUAGUUUGGAGCUCCUCUGAAAGAGCUGGCUCCCCUUGUCCUGAAAGCAGUCUUACACAACAUGAUGAUUAAAAAAAUCCAGAAUGCUUAUCUAUAGCUUAUAACUGCACUGCCAUGUUUGCUCUAUGCAGCUUGUAUGUAUUGAACUACCGGGGGUAAAACAGCUAACAGUUCUCGUUGUGGGCAAGGGCAAGGUGUGCUUUAAUUGCUGCAGUUGUGCGUGCUAUCGUGUCUUACUGUUCAAGUGCCUGACCUGCUAGUUUGAUCCCAGACCUGCCAAUAGUGGCAUCAGUUGUGAGAAAUUUGAGCUGGCACAAGGAAGUGAUUUAGGUGAUUUCUCACUUUUUUUCUUUUUUUCCCCUGCUCUUUAAUGAGCAUGGAUGGGAAGGUUAUCUGUUUUUACAUUUCAAAUGGCAUUCGAGUGAUAUAUCAGGAAGUUUCAGUUAAAUGUAGAUAAGGAUGGACUACCUGUGUGAUCACAAAAUUGCAUUAUGAUAAUUACAUUUUUUUUAAAAAAAAGCCACGGUAGAAAUCCUUCUGCAUUUAGAAUUCCUGCUUUUAUUUUACAGUGAUACUAGUGGUGUUCAAUUAAAAACAAAAGUGUAAAGUGAUUGUGUGGCUUGCUCUCAUUUUUAAAUGUAUUUGUGUGCACAAAUUUGGAUGUAGACAAAGUAAAUGGUGAAUUUUAUCUUUGGCAUUCAAGCAGCUGAUUGUUACACAGAAGUAGCUUUGGAAAAUGUUAUAGAAUACAGUAGGGAUGAAAGUAAUGCUUUCAUAGGUACUGCUCAAAAAAGCAGAGUCCAAUGGCAGUUACCAUUUCUAGAGUAAUUUAACCCUAUAUAGAGAAAUCUAGAGCAGAGGCACUAUUUUCAGUGGAAUUCUGAAGUCAAAAUUUUAUAGAAUAACUAUACUCUUCUUGGAGUUUUAUCUGAUGUAAUAUAUUUAUCUGUAUAUUAGCAUGCAAAUCUUUGGGUUUUACACAGAAUUAGAAUAAUGGUGCAAAACAGUAGUAACACACAGAUUUCAAAAUUUCAGCAGACUAGACCAAAUUUGACCCAUCUCUCAAAAUCCCUGCCACUAAAUCUUGUGCUGCCACUCACAUUAUCUGUCUGGAUUUUGUCUUGAUUCAUCCUCAUGCUCUCUGGCAUCAGGAAGUUAAUUUUUGCCCUACUGGUAUAUGUUCAUAGCUUCUGCUUGGAAAUGAGAUAUUGUUAAUCAUUUCUCUGAUCUGUUAAUUGAAAAAACUAAGCUAGGAAGCAAAAAAAAAAAUAAAAUAAAAUAAAAAGGAGUGCAGCAGGUGUUCUGCAAUCAAAAUUGGUCUGUCUGCAAAUGACAGUAUAAUUUCCACUGUAGCCAUAUCCAUAAUUUUAAGCAUCCUAGAAAUAUUUAAUCUCAAUAAACACCACAGUACUAAGAUGAAAAAGAGCUAGGCAUGCAUGCCUGCCUCUUAACACAACAUAAUUCUGCUCUGGAUAUUAAAAUAUGACUUGCAGCUCAUAAACACUGCACAGCUUGCUAAGAAGUAGCUGUGCCACUGCUGCCCCUCACUCACCCUCAGCUUUUCAGCUCCUUCCCACAUCUGUCUCAGGAGGUUACUGUCUGCUCUGGCAGGCUUACUGUCACUCUCUGUAGGUCCUCCAUCACAUGAUUGUCAAACUUUUUUUUUAAAAGGUUUUUCAAAGAGCAAGUGUUAAGGGAAAAGAAGCCUAAAUCAUGUUAGACGGUUAUUUAGCUACAUGUGUGAGCGUUCUCACAAAACAUAUGCAAACCCAUUUCAAGGGUCAUCAUUUAGUCUGUGUCCUGAUAUCACUUUUUAUCCAAAAAGUAAGAGUAAAGACAGAUACUUGACUGUACAGUUUUGGAGUUUUAUGAGAUUGGUUGGACUGAGUUAUUCAGUAAGAAGAUCAUGCUAGAGGAAUCCUGUCAGCUGCUUAACCUGCAGAUGUUUGCAAUAAACUCUAUAUUGCUCCCAAACUAACUUCAGUUUCUGAGUUAGACUUUGAUUGCUCUAAGUAGAGAUACUCCAUUUCUUCAAAGGGAAACCAAAUGUACUCUUCUCUUUAUUUAAUUGGCAUAAGAGGUUUCAGAAGAUCUUUUAUUCUAUUUAAAGCCCAGUAAGUUUGAUGAAAACGUUAACUUCAAUGAAUGUUAGAACUGGCUUUAUUUCAAGGUCUGUUCCUCUCUCACUGAUGUCAAAUGGGGUGUUGCCACUAACUUCACAAGGAUUGGGAAGAGGUCUACUGUAUCAUAACAGAAACAUCUACAUAGGUAAAUAAAAUGAAUAGUCCUAACUUAAAGGAAUGAACUAGUAAGUCAAGAUGUCAUUUUUCCAACUAUUGUAGUCCAUGACACCUAUAAAUAUUUUUUAUAUCUAUAUAGCUACACAUACAUACACACACACACACACACAUACACUAUAUGUGUAUAUAUAUAUGUGUGAUAUGAACAGUAUAAUACAAUAACUUAACACUGGGUAACUUCUAAUGAUAGAUUUGCAUUAAUAAUACGGGUCUAUUUUUAUGUAAAUAGAAUAUUGUAGAGUAUCUUCCAGUCUUUUUCAGGAUUGUUAAAUUGAGAAGAGCAAUUGAAUAUUUGUCCUAUUUUUAUGUUAAAAAGUGAAUGGACUGAAAUGUUAAAUGUGAAUGUAAAUUUCUUAUUGCAACUUUUAUACUGAGUGUUUGCACUAUUAUAAUUUCUGGAAUCUAAUUAAAAAUAAAGGAAAAAGAUCUGCUUGAGUAAAAA